AUGGACUUUCUACGCCUUCCACCGGUUCUACGCUGCAGCAUCCUGCAGCAUCCCUCAAUCAAACAGACUCUCCUCCGCCAUGUCUCAACGACAACAGCACCUCCAGCCUCGGUGGACACCACCACCCCACCACCAACCCUCCUCAAACUCUCCCCCUCAACACUAAACUCCUACACAAUCUCCAACCCUCCCAUCCCAAGCGACUUAAUCCUCGCCCGCUCCUUCUUCACAAAACACCACCCCGAAAUCCUCUACAGUUCCCCUCACUUCCGAAGUCUCCCACCCUCCCCCUUCCCCGAAGUAACCUUCCUCGGCCGCUCCAACGUCGGAAAAUCCUCCCUCUUAAACGCCCUCUUCGGCCGUCCCCACAGCAACCUCGCCCGCGUCUCCAAAAAACCAGGCAAAACCCGUACAAUCAACGCCUUCGGCAUCGGCGGUUCAGGCCUCACAACAAAUCCCAAUUCCAAACCCAAAUCUCCCCCUCGAGACAACAACGUCAACCCCAAAUCCUCAAAAUGGAAACAAUGGGGUCGAGGAGGACUCCUAGUCGUCGACAUGCCAGGCUACGGUUCCGGGAGUCGAGAAGAAUGGGGAGGAGAAAUUAUGAAAUAUUUGGAGAAUCGGAAACAAUUACGCAGGACGUAUGUGCUUGUGGAUGCGGAACAUGGGUUGAAGAGGUCGGAUGUGGAAUUGUUGGUGCAUUUGAGGAAACAAGGGAUUGCGCAUCAGGUCGUGUUGUCGAAGGUGGAUAAGAUUUUGUAUCCGGAUUCGAAGUUUCCCGGGCCGGUGAAGGUGCAUAAUGGGUUGAUGAAGUUGCGGGAGAGAUGUGAGGAGGUGAGGGAGGAAUUGGAUGGGGCUGCUGCAGAAGAGGGAGUAAGAGGGAGGAUGGGGGAUUUGAUGUGUUGUAGCUCGGAGAAGAGUUUGGAUGAGAAGAACAAGACGAAGAGGAUUGGGAUUGAUGAGUUGCGGUGGUCGAUUUUGACAGCCUGUGGGUUGGAGAAGUCUUUCGACCUGAAGCGAGCGGCAGACGUCAAGAUUCUAGAGGCAGAGCCUGUUGCGGACAAGGAAGAGAAAAAGCAGUUCACUCCGAUAUAGCAACAGAAUGCAGUGUGCAGACGGACGCUCGCCUCCCAAUCGUGCUAUUAAGAUCGGCCGUUUUAAAACAUUACCAAACGACUAGGCUUUAUCUGAUCAAGAUGUACGCACAAACGAC